AGUGUGUUGGUCCCCCGAGCCCUACCCGUCGCCGGCUGCAUGAUUAACUAGAUUGUUUUGUGACAACUAGAUUUGGUUUGGGUUUCAACAUCACCCUGUACUCGUUGACGUUGAUGAGCACUUUAUUUUGCUAAUCCAGCUUUCUACUUGACAUUGACCCAUUAUUUUUUUUGUUCUUACCCGUUCUUACCUGCAGUGGCAAUGCAAAGAAUUACCUAUCGCUAUCUCUGUGAUUGCUAUGUUCGUCACCUCCUCUGAUCAUCAUCAUAUCCGUCCAGUACCAGUACCCCACCAUUGCUGCCAGGAAUCUGAUAUCAGAACUAUGUUGCCCAGUGUUUCUGGAGAUGCGGUACGCAACAAAUCGUUGUGCGUUUGCAACCUGGGACUCUUGGUCACAUGCAAUCCGGCCGUCGCCGAGGAAAAUGAGCGGCAGAAUCGCGUGAAGGACGAGCAAGCGGUGAAGAUCGAGGCAUGUGCCAAGGCGGACCAACCAGCCAUAAAAGACCCCCUCGGCCGUAUCCAGGGGCCAGCCUGCUUGUUCUUCGACGAAGCCGGCAACUUGACCUACGCGGGGUCGGAAGAGAGCUGCCCCUUCGAGUUCGACAAGGAGGCGGAUGUUUUGCUGGACGGCUCCAAUCUGAUCGCGCUGCCGGGCCUCGUGGACUGCCACACGCACGCCGUCUGGGCCGGGUCGCGCAGCGCAGAGUUUGCCGAACGACUUCGAGGCGUUCCCUACAUUGACAUCCAGUUGCGUGGCGGGGGGAUCAACAGCACAACCAGAGCGACCCGGGAGGCGAGUCUCACCGAUCUGUACGAAGCCGCACGAAAACGCGUCGACUGCCUGCUGCACACCAGCGGAGCGACGACGGUCGAGAUAAAGUCUGGGUAUUACGACCUACCAGAACAUCAACAUAUGCAUAUCUUGACCAUGUGUUCUCAUUUUUGCAAAAGCUACAUGCAUCACUUUCCGGCACUGCUUCGAGUUGUCCGUUUUAUUCUUGAUCGACCCUCUUCAUACAGAUUGUUGGACAUGACACGACACGGAUUUCCACGGCAUUAUUCCACUAGACUUUGUCGCGUUCAACAAAAAUGUAUCUUCUCAGUCUCUACUAGAAGAUACAACCCACAAACUAACAUACUUACUUGCAUCUGGGAAAUCCUAAUCGGAAUUCCUCCACUGAAGCGCCGUGUGAACAUGAACUGAAGUACUUCAGAACUGUUCUUUGGUGCUCAUCAGGUACGGCCUCAGUGUCGAUUCCGAGUUCAAGAUGCUGCAAGUUGCCGACAAGAUAAAAUCGCACUCCGCCGCAACUCAUACCGGACCGCGCGUUGUGAAGACCUUCCUCGGAGCGCACCUGAUUCCCCCGGAAUUUAAAGACCUUCGCGAGCAAUAUGUGCGGCAAGUGAUCAGCGAACAGAUACCGAAGUGCGCCCCGAUCGCGGACCAUUGCGACGUGUUUGUGGACAAGGGCGCCUUCACUCUAGAGGAGGGUCGGCGGAUCCUGGAAGCCGGCCAGCACGCUGGCCUGAAGGUGAAGGCGCACGCGGAGCAGAUCGAGCACACGGGCUGCGCCAAGCUCGUGGCGGAGCUGAAUGGCCUUUCCGCGGACCACUUGGAGCGGCUGGACGAGGACGCAGCGGAGUGGAUGGGGAAACGCAAGACGGUUGCGACGCUGCUCCCCGGCGCGCAGUGGUAUCUACGGGACAUCAGCCCGCCGGUGGACUUGCUGAGAAAGCACAGUGUGACGAUGGCGGUUUCGACAGAUUUGAAUCCGGGUUCGAGUCCCGUCUACGACUUGAUGCAGUGUGCGACCAUGAGCUGCGUCAUGCAGGGCCUGACACCUGAGGAAGCGAUCCUCGGCAUCACGCGCAACGCGGGAAUGGCGCUCGGGGACAGCCGCUUAGGGCACUUGACGGCGACCAAACAGGGUGACACCAGCGGCGAAGAUUCCCUUCCAACGAGCGUCGCGGACGUAGCCUUCUUCCGCCCGCCACCCGGGGAAGGGUGCACAAUUGAGUCCCUUAUUCAGUUUUCCGGCGGGUACAAAUGCGUUGGAGCGAUUCGAGAUGGCAAAUUUCUUUUUCGGGACACCACUUCCGGUGACUUGCGGUCUUUGGACCAAGGAAACAGCUACAGCAUGCAAAGUCAGAAUAUAAACACAUCUCCGUCGCUGGCUGAUGACCAGCGUGCCACCGCAUUUUCAAAUUCGAAAAUGUAACCAACUUGUUUCUGUUGACGUGCGGACGAAGCCGCAACCUCUCAUGCACAGCAGGUGUGCGUUGCAAGCUGAUGACGGUGAAGACUCCGG